AUGGAAGGAAGGCCUAAUUAUGCGUACCUCAAAUUUGUUGCCCAAGAAGUUGUUAUUGAUUCCGGUCUUUCUCUUUCUAGAGUUCGCUCAACGUGCAGAGAUGUCACAGAUUAUGCUCUGUCGAACUAUCAAAAUCGUCAGAUUUCUGCCGCUUGCAUAACCUUCAUUGAAUUGCUAGGUCAAGAUUCUCUGCCCCUGAGAGUUUGUUUGGUUGCUGCAAACAUGCUUCAUGAGCACCAAAUGAGCGAUCAGGUGAAUGAUGGUAGUCAUCCAGAAAUUGGUCGAAAAUUUAAACAAGCACACUUGAAUAAAGAUAUAGCUGUGAUGUUGAUUUCAGAAUUGGAAGCAGUUAUUUUAAAUAAGUGGAACUCCUUCAAUACUGAGCCUACUGUCAUAUUUCAAGACAUAAUUUUAUGGAUGCCAGUAAUGAGUCUUGCUCAUUUGUAUAAAGUAGAAGCUGGAAAAGCCUAUCUUGACGAAUGUGCCAAGCAGAACAGUUGGCUUAAGUUCCUGGUGUUUGCCCAAAUGUUUCAAGUUUCAAAGGAAAUGGUUUUGAAAUCUGCUUCUAAGUUUUCCAGUUCUUGCAUAUAUUAUCAUAUUUUCCAUGCUCUUCACAGAAAGCCUUCACUGAUUUAUGAUGUAGUUUAUGAAACAAAAAGUGCACCUUCUGUCAAGACACCUAGAAAAGAUAUGAGGAAAUCGUUGUACUCCAGAAUUGGUGUACUCCAAGGAACUACUCCACCUGUGCCCGAGAACAAAAAACCUGUUGAUCAAGAUGAUGACAAAUGUUCCGUUUCAAGCGAAGAAACUGUAUCAUCUACAGAUACUGAUUUAAAAUCAUUUGUUUUGAAAGACCUGUUUAGCCAGCUGUUAUUAGCCCACAAUUCUGAUACCCCAGAUGAGUGUUUGCUUCAUACCAGCAGAGAGACAAAAAACCCUACUUUAGCGCUGCUUGCUGCCUCCUAUCCAGACUCUAUUUUGGAAAAUUGCUUUUUUACAUGGCUUUACACAACUCUUGUUCGUGAUGAGGAUUUACAGAAAAUUCUCGAAUCAUCUUUCACUCAGAAAAUUGUUGUUCCGAAUGUGGAGGACAUUGAAAAAUUAAUUCUUAUGGCAGUACAGAAUAAAAAGCUUUUGAUAUUGUACGAAGGAGUAAUAUGCUUUUUGCCAUCAACACCUCUUGUACCUCUUAUGGAAUUUUUGAAAAAUUUCAUCCUCUACAAGAGAUUUGAUGUCAGUAUUGAGCAGUUUCAGAAUCAGUUGUGGAAUUAUAACAAAAAUGCCGAGAGUUCAUCUGUGCUGCUGUCACUGCUGUGGAUUGAAAAUAUAUCAAUAUCUAUCUUUAAAGAGGCUGUUAUUGGGUGCUCAACGAGUUAUGAACAGCUUAUUCUUCUUCGACAUUACUCUCACACAAGAUUGGAGAAAUCUUUUUCUAAAGAUGUUGUGGUCCCACCAUUCAUAAAAGUAUGCAAAAUGAUGGAGCAUCUUGGUGAUGUUGCGAAACAAGUGGAUGUGAAAAAGUUAUUACUACCUGAAGAUGACGUAGAAUAUGGAGAAGCAUGCUGGACAGCUGUUAAACAGCUACUUGACCGACAUCAGUACGAGAAUGCCCAACUCUUUGGCGAUGUUGCAAAACUUCAUUCAGAAAAAAUGAUUUUACUGCAGAUAAAUCAAGAAUCUGAAGAAGCACGUAAGAGUGAAAAUUGGGGAAAUUUGUUGCAUCGCGUGGAGUUUUGGAGUCAACUCAUCCAGAGGUUGAGUGCAAGCAGCGUUACUGUGCAUGCUACUGUUGAGUUCUUAGAAAAUCAGUGUGAAAUUUCAAACAUGUUUGGUGAAAAAUACUUUUUGAUGAAGUCCAUUGUAGAGUAUUUAAACCACAUAUUUGAGAAGACUGGAUUUUACGACACUAGAGCUCACAACAUAGAAGCUUAUCGAAAGAAAAUGUGGUGGUUCUGUAUCAAAGCUGAAGUUAAUGGAGAACUUUUGCCAGAAAUAUUUGACAUGCAGCCUUUACACGAAUUUAAUGUUCUGGAUGUCACUCAAGAAAGUGAAAAUAACACACAUCACUUAGAAGGUGAAAAGGAAAACCAGGCACUGUGUAAUAUUAUUGGUUACUUUUUGUGCAGUAAAAAUAUUCGCAAAGCUUUGGAAUUAGCCAAGAUAUUUGACUAUGACUCUUCUGAUCUAAAAAUUAUAAAGAAAUGUUUACAGCUGGCAAAUAAUGAAAUCGAUGCAUCAUCCAUCGACAUAUCCUUACCUGAUCCUUCUACAGAAGUGGCUUCUUCAAGGAUAAUUAGUUCUUUGGUUCUCUGGAUCUGCAAUGAUUCUGGUGUUACACAAUCCCAGAAGGAUGUCAUUAAGCAAAUGGAGCAACUUAGUAUGAAAAGUGGGGCUGUUGUUGCUAUUUGUCAUCAAAUUUUGGUUAAUUAUAGUACGGCUAUGGUUCUGUCCCAGAGUUACUCCAGCAUAUCUGAAGAAAAAGACCCAUUCCGCAUCUUGAAGCAGAUGCUGCACAAGAAACUGAACGAUAAUUUUAUUUUGGCUCGGAGCUUCAUUGCUGUCAACGAACUCCUGGACAAAGAUGUGGCUAAGUUUCUGAGCCGAGAAAUCUGGAACUCUCUGCUAAUACUGAGUGGACCAAGUUCUGGUGUACUGAUUCCUGAAGAAAAAAGUGCCUUUGCAGAAGAACUUAUUUAUGAUCCCCUUCAAACUCAUGAAGGAUUCCAACUCAUUGUCAAGCUGUGUCAGGACUCUUCCGUUUUGGGGAAUUCUUUGAUGGACAUUUUUUCUGAAGAAACAGUAGAUUUAAAUCCAAAGACUUCAGACAAAUUUUUAUCUUCUGUUGUGGAAUUGUGCAUUUGUGCCCAUGAGUGUUAUACAGCUGCUUGUAACAUGGAUGGAAUUUCAAAAAUAUUACAUAAUUCCCAAUUACUAGUCAACAUUUUAGAAGAAGGCAAAAAAUUCAAUAUUAUGAUUCGACUUCUGAUUGGACUCGGAAGGUACGGGGAGAUGAUGUAUGUGUUUGAUAUUUUGAAAGCUCAUGAUAAGUUCCAACUGCUGUUUGAAGCAAACAUCAAUAAUGCAUCCAGUUUGCGCUUGGCCUUGCAAGAUUACCUCAAGCGUUGUUCCCCCUCCAAUUCCGACAGUUUCUCCUACACUUUGGCAAAGAGGUUUGGUAUGCACAGAGAGAAAGCCGAGUCGCUUGAGAUGUCUGUGCAGAAAAUUCUAUCUCGAUUGUGCAAGAGAAAUACAGACAUUGAUUUGAGAAAAGAACUAGAAGAUGCUGAACAAAAUUUGUCCGAUGCUGCAAUAAGUUACUGCAAGGCAGACUGCUUCAACCAAGCCCAACAUUGUGCACGACUUGCAAAGUUGGUUGCACUGCAAAUCUAUUUCCUUGCCAGUGGCAUCUGGAUAAUAGGCCUGGAUGAUACUUCUGUCUGCCGAUUUAUCACAGAUCAUGAUGAUUUCUCCCAAUCCUUAAUAGUUGCAGAAGAAUAUGGAAAAGAUAAUUCUUGGGAGCAAGCUUUACUGAAUAAUUUCAUUAUUAGAGGUGAUAGGGAGUAUUUACGAGCUUUCCAAGCACACAUGGAUCUCAAAUCUUCUACAAUCAGGAAUGUCGCUAAAAAAUUUCAGCUAUUACCGAACAAGAAUGAGAGCCUUAUCAAGAACAUGAAGCAUCUACUUAGCUUGUGUCUGGACACAAAGACAAAAUUUAUCCUGGCCAAGGACUUGGGUUUCAAAGACAUCAUCACUGAGCUUAAAAUGAAAGAAGGGUCGUAUGUAAGGGACCUCUUUCCUGAAGAUGAGCUAUGAAGUUUGACUUGUACAGUAAUUUAUAAAAAUUGUAUAAA